AUGUCAGAUUACAAGGACAUCAUUCGCAAGCCGGAAACCCUCAACUGGUUUAAGGCGGCCAUGGGUAUGAAUAUAACACGUCACUGCCUGCUCGACAUUGUAAAAGACGCUACUCAGGAAUUGUAUGACACUAUUCGUAAAGAGAUCAAUAGAAAAUACGGUAUCCUGGAGCACGUUGUCUGCAGUCAGUGUCACACUUCAAACGACGACCUGACACAAAAGGAGAAUGUCUGCACCAAGGCUAGAGAUGUGGGUCGUGAAGUACGACAUGCGCCCGCAAUGUCCAUGAACAGCCAGGAUAGUGACAGAGCCAUCGACACUCUAGAAGCGCUGAUGCAGAGCCUGACACAUGUAAACCACCAGGUGACGGCGAAGACUGCAGUUGACAAGUUAAAACAGAGGGGGAGAGGGAGCGAGGAAGGCGGAGAGAGAAGAGAGAGCAGGCGAGAAGAGGGAGAGGAGGGAGAGCGAGAGAGAGAGAGCGAGGAGUCGAGGAGAGGAGAAGGAGAGAGCGCAGAGAGCGAGCGAGGAGAGGAGAAAGAAAACAGAGAAGAAAGAAACGACGAAGAAAGCAGCACCGCAGAAGGAAAGAGAAAGCGAAAGAAAGAAGACAAAGAAACGAAGAGACAAGAGAGAGAGAGAGAGAGCAAGAAAGAAGAGAGAGAAAAGGAGAGCAGAGAAAAGAAGAGAAAGAGAGAAAAGAAGAAAGAAAAACGAAAAGAAGAAAUGAAUAGAAAGAAAGAAAGACAUAAAGAAAAAAGAAAUAAAGAACAAAAACCUCACUAUAUCCACUAUAUUAUCUAUCCUCUCUAUCUCUCUCUCUCUCUGCCGCCUUCCGGUACCGGAAGUUCCCAGCCACACAAUAGGCACGGGAAGGUCCCUGAUGCGCUCGUGUCUAAGCACGUACUCAUCGAGGCACGUGAAACACAUGGUGUCCAGUACCCUAGUCAUAAUCAACCCAAGAAAGGCAACAAGAUACAGGACAGACUAACGAACACAAGGGAAGAUGCGAGUAUGGACAAAGCAAAUACUGAAUGCUUCCAUUAA